UAUCUCCUCAUUAGGAACCUAAUGCAUACUUAAUGCAGAAGCUUGGUAAAUACACCACAUCAAAAGGUGGGGGGAAUUGCCAUUAAUCUGGAAGGAUUUUACCUUUUUAACAUCGUUUUUUUUUUUGCUUGUCUCUCCAGUCUAAAAAGUCAGGUCUUUGUAUCUUGGAGAAGGAAAUUUUAAAUGCCUGAGAGUAUGAUAUUGAAAUUGAAAUCUGCUUUAGCUUUUCUUAAAACACAACCUUUAGCAGGGUAAAGAAUUUUAUUAGCUAGGUAUAUCAGAAUGAAAAAAGCGAAUCGUGCACUGGUUAAAUUAAUCCAACUGCCUCUUUACCAUCUUUGCUGUGGAGUAUUACCCAGUAUGAACUGUCCUCCUGUUAGCCAGCCCUUUUAUCCCAAAGUGAGGGGAAUUGAUGAAGAUAUGUGCAUUGUGUUAUGUCUGGUCAUAGUUUGACUAGCACAGUCUGGAAGUGGGUUGUGCAGGAUGAGAGCAAGCAGCCUAAUUGCUCUCCCUGCAUCAGCAGCAUCUAUAAAGCAUCCUGGGAAUUGCUCACCCUACGUUCAGAGCUGCUGGUCACAUGAGCCUGAAUUUUCAGAUCAGUUCAUUAGUCAGCCAUUUUGGUCAACACCCUGCUUACUGCGCACAACCAAUCCUAUUAGAACUCAGCAUCCCUGCUCAUCUGAGCAGAUCCUGGAAGUGAUUUCUGCAGCUCACAAUUUUUUUUAAGCUAAAUUGGAAAUAAUACUGGUUUAUUUCUUGUUCAUUUUUUUUCUUUCGUAUUUUUUUCCUGCACAAAGGAGGAGGAUUUUUCACUUAUUCAUGCAGAGGCCAGUUUUUUGAAGCCAGUUAAGGUGGCAUUAGCUGGGCAGGGUUUAAAGCCGAUAGCUCAGCUGAAAAAGAAGGGCGUAGGGAAGGGAAGGAGAGAAGCUGGAAGAAGACAAGUAGCGUCUUAUUUUGCUAUGUGGUAGGAACCGUCAGUGAGAAGAUAUAGUAUAGAAUUGUUUAUCUUGAACAGUUGGUUCUUAAACCAUAAGGUAUUUUUCCUUGUAUUUUUCUUUAAGCCUCCCUCAUCCCUUUUCUUAAGAGCUUUAUUCCAGAGCUUUGGAUUUGGCGAUUUUGGGUGAGGAGGUUUUAUUUAUUUCUGUUGUGUGUGUGUGUGUGUGCGCGAGUGUGUUUGCGUGUGUUGUGGUCUCAGCUGAGUCAUCAUGUCUGCUCUGACGCCUCCAACCGAUAUGCCAACCCCGACCACUGACAAGAUCACACAGGCUGCCAUGGAGACUAUCUACCUUUGCAAAUUCCGAGUGUCUAUGGAUGGAGAGUGGCUCUGCCUGCGAGAGCUGGAUGACAUCUCACUCACACCUGACCCAGAGCCUACCCACGAAGACUCUUGGGAGGAUUUGACAGAUUUGGUGGAGCAAAUGCGCGAUGAUACAGAAGACCCUAAUUAUCUCAUGGCUAAUGAACGCAUGAACCUGAUGAACAUGGCCAAGCUGAGUAUCAAGGGCCUGAUUGAAUCAGCUCUGAACUUGGGGAGGACUCUGGACUCUGACUAUGCACCACUCCAGCAGUUCUUCGUGGUGAUGGAGCACUGCCUAAAACAUGGCUUGAAAGCAAAGAAGACUUUUCUUGGACAAAAUAAAUCCUUCUGGGGGCCCCUUGAACUGGUAGAAAAGCUUGUUCCAGAAGCUGCAGAGAUAACAGCAAGUGUCAAAGAUCUUCCAGGACUUAAGACACCAGUAGGCAGAGGAAGAGCCUGGCUGCGUCUGGCAUUGAUGCAAAAGAAACUUUCAGAAUAUAUGAAAGCUUUGAUCAACAAGAAAGAACUUCUCAGUGAAUUCUAUGAACCCAAUGCCCUCAUGAUGGAAGAAGAAGGAGCUAUAAUUGCUGGAUUGUUGGUGGGUCUGAAUGUCAUUGAUGCCAAUUUCUGUAUGAAAGGAGAAGAUUUGGACUCUCAGGUUGGAGUUAUAGAUUUUUCAAUGUAUCUCAAGGAUGGGAACAGCAGUAAAGGUAGUGAAGGAGAUGGCCAGAUUACUGCAAUUCUGGACCAGAAGAACUAUGUUGAAGAACUCAACAGACAUCUGAAUGCUACUGUAAACAACCUUCAGGCAAAAGUGGAUGCAUUAGAAAAAUCCAACACUAAACUGACAGAAGAGCUUGCAGUUGCAAACAACAGGAUUAUUACCUUGCAAGAAGAAAUGGAACGAGUGAAAGAGGAAAGCUCCUAUAUAUUGGAAUCCAAUCGGAAGGGUCCUAAGCAAGACAGAACUUCAGAAGGGCAAGCACUGAGUGAAGCAAGAAAGCAUUUAAAGGAGGAGACACAAUUACGACUGGAUGUUGAAAAAGAACUGGAGCUCCAGAUCAGCAUGAGACAGGAGAUGGAACUGGCCGUGAAGAUGCUGGAGAAGGAUGUCUGCGAGAAGCAGGAUGCCCUGGUGUCUCUGCGGCAGCAGCUGGAUGAUCUCAGGGCUCUCAAGCAUGAGCUUGCCUUUAAGCUGCAGAGUUCAGACUUAGGAGUAAAACAGAAAAGUGAACUAAACAGUCGCUUGGAAGAGAAGACUAAUCAGAUGGCUGCUACCAUCAAACAACUGGAACAAAGUGAAAAGGACUUGGUGAAACAGGCAAAGACCUUAAAUAGUGCAGCAAAUAAACUGAUCCCCAAACAUCUUUAGAUACAUUGCAGUCAGCCACCUCGAAAGUCUGAUAUCACAACUUAAAUGUAAAAGGAAGAAAUCUGAAAGUUAUUACAUUUAAGCUCUGAUUCUAUAUACAAGUCACCAAAAAUUGACUUUGAAUUUGUUGGACAUUUAAGAAAGACAGUUUAAUAUGUAGGCUGUGGUAUUAUUUUCUUGUUUAUUUUCCCCCCCCGGGAGUUGGGAAAUUUAGUUUUAAGUGCUUAAUUACAUGCCAAACAAACUUGAGAAAUUACUUCUGAGUUGACCAAUAAAUAAACACACUAUUAUUUUUAAAAGCCUAGGGAAUUGAAGUUCUAUACAUAUGUUACAACCCAGUCCCUGACAGUAUCGGAUUCUAGGUUCAUUGUCUGUACAGCGAGCCUGUUCUGCCGUUGCGAUGUAAUGAACUAGAGGUGACAACCAUAUGGACUUGGGCUUUUCUCAAGUAGUUCUGUCUCUUAGGCCAUGGCCCCUUUUCACUUCUUUUAUGUAGUUUUAAUCCCCAAGCCAAGGAUCAGUACUUCAUAUCUCACUACAGUUCUAUUCUCAGUAACCAGAUUGCUUGCGACUUUUUUGCCUUAGUGACUUUAGCGGGGGAGAAACAAACAGCAUCCUUAUGUUUCUUUAAAGUACAUAGAGAUAAAGUUAGUGAUUAGGUAACUUAGGAUAACAUAAUAAUGUGGAAGCUUGGGAAAACCCUCCUAAUAUUUGUCAUCUUCUACCUCUGCCAUUUUCCUGCAAUUCUACUUCCUAUUUUGGUAGCUCUGAGAGAACAAUUUUAAUAAAAACACUCCUCUCCUUUAAAAAAAAAUACACUACACAUUUUUCCAAACCUAUCCUGCUUUUCCUUUCCAAGUAAAGUGGACAAGGUGUAGACACGAGUUACAGUUGCCUGCCUCUUAUUGCUUGACAUUGAAACAUUUACUUAAGUUUCUGUUACUUUUUAUUCAUAUGGGGAUUUGCUUAAGUUUCUGGAAAACUAACAGUCUAUUAGAAAACUGUUUCAUAGUAGGGAAGAAAUGAUAAACAUAUUCUUUAUUAUUAUUUAGUCUAAGAAUAAAGAUUCCCAGUUAGAUACUCACAAACAAUAAUUAGUAGGGCUUCUUUUUCUAAGUGACCACAGAUCUAACCCUUUCUAGGCUUUAUGUUGUAAAUAAUCCUAUAAAUACUUUGAUUUUUAAAAAAAAUAACUCUUGAUUUGGGGGUCAGGCUUUAUAUAAGCCUUUAUUCAUUCAAAAAUUUUGGCAAAAUUUUUGUUAUUUUUCUUCUCAUUCUGGUAUGAUUUGCAGCAUCUCAGCUGGUUAGGUGGGGACAGAGAUAACCCCUUUGCUUCCAGCUAUUGAAAUUCUUAACCUUAUUCUUGGAAAAAACAGAAUUAAGGGAGUAAGAUAGAUUUCAUAUGUGCUUUUUAUAGGUCCUUGAAGACUUGAGCCUAAGUCAAAAGAGCAUAUGAUUAACCUCAUGGAAAAUCCUGUGCUCUUGAACUUAUUUUAGUUCUUAUAGUUUUGCACCCGUUCUUAGCUUUGUCAACCUUUAUGGUGUGAGUUGCCUUUUCUAAGAGUAUUUGGAAGGAAUGCUCAUAUACUAAGAUAAAAUAUUUUGAAGACUACAUGUGGCAUGCUUCCAAAUUCUGUAUAGAGCCCUAGAUGUUUCACCUUUUAAAAGUUGCUUCUUCAUAGGUGCAAAGUUGAAAGAACUAAAGAAGAAAAUAUUAAUCAGAAUCUUCCAGAGAAUAUAGUCAGGGAUCUUAUGCAGGAGGCCCAAUGCUGAGUUAUUUGUCCACAUAGUCACACACCACUAUAGGAGUGAACAAGGAAAAGGGGGUCAAACUCUGACAAACAAAAGCUUUUCCUUAUGUAAUUGAAGCCUGGGUAAGGGUUGAUUGUAUAAUGUCCAGUGAUUUAAUAUAAUCAAUGGUUAAGGGAAAGGACCAGGAAAAUGUUAUGAUUCCAUAUGUAAGAAGGUAGUUGCCCGUUUGCAAGUUCCAGUUAUGUGUGUAAAACAGAAAGAUAAAGUACCAAACCUAUUAGGAAAUAAAAACAAACAAAAAAGUGGAUUUAACUUUAAUUACUGUGUGCUUGAGGUUGGCUUUGGAUAUGGAUUUUCUAAAAAGUGACGUUUUAUUGUUUAUCAUCUAAUGGCUGUAAACUGUAGUACUAGAAUAAAAAAAAUGGAAAAUCA